CAAAAAUAGCAACUUGCACAAGAACUACUAUCUACUCCAAGGUUUCAUAGACAGUCCACCCUUGGAAGUAUCAGUCUUUGGAUGAGAAACAACAGAUGAGGAAGACAGAGGUGAACUGCUCAACUGAGCUUGUUGCAACUUCAAUACUAGUACUGAUUCUUUCCGUGAAGCUUUGUGAAAGUGGGAUCACUAGUAGCUAUUUGAGGAACGAUGACUUGGUCCAUGACAUGCCUCUACACUCUGAUGUGUUCCGAUCACCUCCCAGUUAUAAUGCCCCUCAACAGGUUCAUAUAACACAAGGGGAUCAUGAAGGGAAGGGAGUGAUUGUGUCUUGGGUGACUCCAAAUGAACCUGGUUUGAGUACUGUGGUUUACUGGGCAGAGAAUUGCAGCAAUCUGAGAAAGACUGCUUAUGGCAUUGUUCUUACUUACAAAUAUAUCAACUACACUUCUGGUUACAUUCAUCACUGUACUAUUGAGAACUUGGAGUUUGACACCAAAUACUACUAUGAAGUUGGGACUGGGAAUACCACGAGACUUUAUUGCAUGACAUCUUCUCCUAAAAUCGGUCCUGAUGUUCCCUAUACUUUUGGCCUCAUAGGGGAUAUUGGUCAGACCCCUGAUUCAAAUCGAACACUUACUCAUUAUGAGUUUAACCCAGCAAAAGGACAGACAGUGUUGUUCGUUGGGGACCUCUCUUAUGCGGAUGCUUAUCCGUUUCAUGACAAUAGAAGAUGGGAUACAUGGGGGAGAUUUGUAGAGAGAAAUGCUGCCUAUCAACCUUGGAUUUGGACUGCUGGAAAUCAUGAAAUUGAUUAUGUUCCUCAAUAUGGUGAAAGCAUACCAUUCAAGCCAUAUACAAGUCGCUAUUUUGUUCCAUACAAAGCUUCAGAUAGUACAUCUCCUCUGUGGUACUCCAUCAAAAGAGCUUCAGCAUAUAUCAUAGUCUUGUCCUCUUACUCAGCAUAUGGAAAAUAUACUCCUCAUUAUAAGUGGCUUGAAAAGGAGUUGCCUAAAGUGAACAGAACUGAGACACCAUGGCUUAUUGUUCUUGUGCAUUGUCCAUUGUAUAGCAGCUAUGUGCAUCAUUAUAUGGAAGGUGAAACCAUGAGAGUUAUGUAUGAGGAAUGGUUCAUGGAUUAUAAAGUAGACGUUGUCUUUUCCGGUCAUGUUCAUGCCUAUGAACGAUCUGAAAGGAUAUCAAACAUUGCAUACAACAUAACAAAUGGACUUUGCUCUCCCAUAAGUGACCAGUCAGCCCCAGUUUACAUAACUAUUGGAGAUGGAGGAAAUCUAGAAGGAUUGCUUACUGAAAUGACAGAACCGCAGCCAAGCUACUCGGCAUUUCGUGAACCUAGCUUUGGCCAUGGGAUUCUUGAGAUCAAAAACAGAAGCUACGCCUUCUUCAGUUGGCAUAGAAAUCAAGAUGGUGAAGCAGUAGAAGCUGAUUCUUUAUGGCUACAGAACAGAUAUUGGAAAACUAAUUUGGAGCAGUCAUCAUCCCUAACUGCAUUGUAAAUUAUAAUUGCCCAUUUCUUGGCCCAAUAACAAGUUACUCCCUCCAUAAAGAAUCAGUUACUUUGAAAUACUGUAAAUUUAU